AGAGCACAGGAAAGAAUGAGCUAUUACGGCAGCAGCUAUCGGAUUGUAAAUGUGGACCCGAAAUAUCCAGGAUACCCACCAGAACACAUGAUAGCUGAGAAGAGAAGGGCAAGAAGACGUCUGCUCCACAAAGACGGUGGCUGUAAUGUAUAUUUCAAGCACCUUUUUGGAGAAUGGGGGAGCUACGUGGUCGACAUUUUCACCACUCUCGUGGACACCAAGUGGCGCCAUAUGUUUGUGAUAUUUUCUUUGUCUUAUAUUCUCUCCUGGCUGAUUUUUGGCACCAUCUUUUGGCUAAUAGCCUUUCAUCAUGGAGAUCUGUUAAAUGAUCCAGACAUCACACCUUGUGUGGACAAUGUCCAUUCUUUUACAGGGGCGUUUUUAUUCUCCCUCGAGACCCAGACCACCAUAGGGUAUGGCUACCGCUGUGUCACUGAGGAGUGUUCUGUGGCAGUGCUAAUGGUGAUCCUUCAGUCCAUCUUAAGCUGCAUCAUCAAUACGUUCAUCAUUGGAGCCGCUUUGGCCAAAAUGGCAACUGCUCGGAAGAGAGCCCAAACCAUUCGGUUUAGCUAUUUUGCGCUCAUAGGCAUGAGAGAUGGGAAGCUUUGCCUCAUGUGGCGUAUUGGGGAUUUCCGACCAAACCACGUAGUAGAAGGGACAGUCAGAGCCCAACUUCUCCGCUACACGGAAGAUAGCGAAGGGCGGAUGACAAUGGCAUUUAAAGACCUAAAGUUAGUCAAUGACCAGAUCAUCCUUGUCACGCCAGUAACUAUCGUUCAUGAAAUUGACCAUGAGAGCCCUCUUUAUGCGCUUGACCGCAAAGCAGUGGCUAAAGACAACUUUGAAAUUCUGGUGACAUUUAUCUAUACUGGCGAUUCCACUGGGACGUCUCACCAAUCCAGAAGUUCCUAUGUCCCCCGAGAAAUUCUCUGGGGUCACAGGUUUAAUGAUGUCUUGGAAGUUAAGAGAAAGUAUUACAAAGUGAACUGCUUACAGUUUGAGGGAAGCGUUGAAGUAUAUGCCCCCUUUUGCAGUGCCAAACAAUUGGACUGGAAAGACCAGCAGCUCCACAACAUGGAAAAGGCAUCACCAGUCCAAGGACCCUGCACAUCAGACACCAAGGUCAGGCAAAGGUCAUUUAGUGCCAUUGCCAUUGUCAGCAGCUGUGAAAACCCUGAGGAGACCACCACCUCAGCCAUGGAUGAGUGUAAGGAAGUGCCUUAUCAGAAAGCCCUCUUAACUUUAAAUAGAAUCUCGGUAGAAUCUCAAAUGUAG